CUACGUCGUCUCGCGAGUGAGUUAUGGCACCGGCAAUGUCAUCGCGGAUCACGAUACGGGGAAUCGGGUUCACUUUGACCCUGCUACUCGUGUCAUCCGCGCAGGCGGUCGACUAUGAACUCCACAGACACGACACGAUAUCGACGAUUCGGGAAGACAACGUAAUCUUCACGACCCGCGACUUUCUCGAGCAGCUAAAUUUCGCGGUGCCGAAAGCGAGUUACACAUUGCAAGAGGCUACGGAGCAUUUCCUGCAUUUCGGAGCACUUUUGCGAGCGCGAACUCUCGACACCUUCGGCAGUCUUCUGUACGACUAUUACGACGACUUCAGUAUAACGGAAGUGGAGGCGUUACGCAAGGUGUAUGAAGAGAUCUUCGAGCGACGGUACGACAUAUUCAACUUAGUUCUCGGCGUGCUGAGGAAUCCAGACACAAGACCGUCCAGGAUUUGCGCCGAGAUGUACACUCGCGUUAAGAAACCCUGUCUUAGGAGUAGCACAAACGUGUGUCGCAGAAUCAGGAACCAUCACGAUCUUCCGCAUCCCGACGAUCGCAACACGCCCGCGUUGAAUAUCACGUACCGGGUGUACAGUUUGUCCGAGAUAUCGAAGCAAUACUCCAGUGGCUUCUUCCUGGCGACAUUGCUGAGGCUCCUGCAACGAAAAGUGCUGACGAUCACGCCCAAUCUGCUUUCUGGACUCCUCUGCAACGUGAAAUAUGAGAACUACGACGGCGACGUUCGUCUCGCCGAGAGGGAACUGAUACGUCACUUUAGCGAAAUCUCGGGGACCAGUGUUGAAAUUUCAGUGUCGACGAAGAAGCUAAGGAAGUUCCACACUAUGAACUCUUUCCUUAAGUACUACAUUGACAUAUACGCUGAUAAAUUUCCGGACAACGAUCUGAAGAAGCACACGCUCCUUAUUUCGAACACGCUCCUUAUUUCGAAAAGCAUCGCCGGCGUCGGCACGAUCGAUGAGAAUAUUCAAUUGCUCGGUAACGUUUACGAGAACCGGACGAUUCACGUCGGAUACCUCUUCGACUCGUGUUUCCUCGUGUUUCCUAACGAUUUACUCGAGAAAGACGUUAUCGAAGCUAAGAGGUACCUAGUGACGAAACUGUACGAAUUUAACGUGGUGGAAAGAUAUCUCAGAGUGCAGAGGUAUCAGCAAGCUACUCCCGCUCAGCUGGCGAUAGAAAUCAUCGAGCAGCUGAGAGAUAUUAACUUCAUCAAGAACAUCGCGACGUCUCUGCGGAUGUACGCGAGAUUCUGGCACAGUAGUCGCAUGAUUGAGAACCUUGACGAGCUGCUGGAGCUGUUCGAUAGUUAUGAGAAUCUACGCCAAGUUCCGCGCUAUCUGCAUAUAAUGAAGAAGAUCGACAGUAUCAAGAAGAGUCUAUGGGAUAUGAGGGACAUCCCCGUUGAGAUUCCCUGCAACGCUCCGCGAGCUUGUUUGCGAAUAGGUCUAGAAUUGGUCUUACGCUGUAAAUUCAUAAAUUCUAAAAUCAAAGACUCCAUCAAGGAGUUCCUGGAGUUCAGCGACUUGUGCAUGGAUCCCCUGUACAUGAUACAAGAAUCGAGACGCUCGGCGGAGAUCCCGUUCAAGAUAUCGAAAGUGCGUUUAACUACAACAGCGUUGCAGACUACGGGUGCGGUCAUCAGCAAGGCUACUCGAUACACCACAAUCGGAGAUCGCUAUUCAAGCGAGCAAGUUACGGAGUCUGGUGAAACUAAUGAAAUUACGGAAGAAGUUUCAAGAGAAUUCGAUAUAACCUCAAAGAAACGUUUGGAGUCGACGAGUACGAUGGCAACGGGUACGACUCAGCCCAUAAAGCCAAUUUCGACGACUCAUCGAGAAGAGACUACGGCAGCCAUGAUGAGUACUACAACUGCGACAACUACUGCAACUUUACCUGCAACGACUACACCAGAACUUAUAACAGUUACGACAUCACCCACAACUACGAUCUUACCUAUUACAAAGUUACCUACGACUACAACAACUACAACAUCGCCCACAACGACUACCACGACAUUGCCCACUACCACGGAAAUGUUCACGACGACUACCACGGAAAUGCCCACGACAACUACCACGGAAGUGCCCGCAAUGACUACUACCACAGAAGUGCCUACGACUACUACCACAGAAGUGCCUACGACUACUACCACAGAAGUGCCUAUGACUACUACAGAAAUGCCUACGACGACUACAACGACAUUAGACAUGACAACCAGUACAGCAUUGCCUACAACUAUCACAACGUCGGCCACGACAACUGUUACGACAUCGCCUACUAUCACGACGGCGCAACUACUAACGAAAUACGAACGUGUAAAAGUGACAAAAAUUGGCGUAUCACACGGUGAUGACGGUAUUUUGAAACCUUUGAAGAACUUGACGGUAUUUGUUACAACACCAAUCCCGAUGAAAUCUUGCGAGUCCGACGAAUGUAUCGAUGAGCCAAGCUCGGAGAAACGUGACGAAACAGCGACUCUGCUUUUGACGACGCCAACGAUACGGACUACCACUCCCGAAAUUCGAACAUUUUCUGAGACAUCAACAACCCAUCGAGAUUUCGUCAUCGACGAGACUACGGUUUCUUCGACGACGGAGUUGAGCGAAACGCCAGUUACGAAAGGCGAUAACUGCGUGAAGUCCUGCUUAGAAGGCUGCGCGUCCAAGAAAGAGAGCGUCAUCGAGGUAACGGAAAAGUCCUGCGAGGCAAGCUGCGACUCCGCGAUGGAAGACUGCGACGGUAUCUCCAAGAAUCCUCUGGAGGUGAUCUCUCUGGAGUGCGGAACGGAGUUCGACAAGAGUUGCGACUGCGAUCUGAAGGAAGAGAGGAGCGAGUGCAUGACGGUAUGCCCUCCGGAGCCUGAGAAGAGCUCGUCGUGCGAGGGAUCCCAGAACGACUGCUCGACAUCGGCGGAGUCGACGGUCGACGAGAAGCCGAACGAACGUAAGCGGACGCGCAGCAUGUGCGAGAUCCGGAAUCCCCAUCAUCGUCGUCAGUUAAGACGGUUGGCGAAGAUGCGAGCGAUCAGCGUUGUCAUUGACGCCGCCAUCGCGAUGGUGUCGCGUAACGACGUUCUCCGGAGGACGAAGAAGUCGCGUCAUCGAGACCGAAUCGCGACCAAGAAGCUGUACAAUCUAUUAACCACCAGACUGCCCUAUUCCAAAAACAGGAAGGUGGAGGAAUACUUGCUGAAGAGAUCUCUCGGCGGUAAGCUGAACGACAAAGUUCUAAAACGUCAACGCAAACAACAGGAGCAGAUCUUUAGGCUGAAGAAACAGCUAACGAGGAAACUCAAGGGGAAAGAGGCUCGAAGAGCAAUGAUGCAUCGUAGGGGAGGAAUCACGUCGCCUUACCAAAGUCAGAUCAACAGGAUAUCCGGCAGGAACGCGAAAUCGAUCAACGCGUAAAAAAUUAAUACGAUACACUGGAGUCUAUCGGUUUAAAGUUACAUCGUUUUAGGAGAUAAUUUCAUUAUAUAGCUGUUACGUUAUUACAGACGAAUAGUAUCGGCCGUUACUUCGUCAUGCUGAGUUUAGCAGACUUUUUUUCCGUCCAUUUAAUCGGGUCAGAGGCGAAAAAUAUCGUGUAAUGUAACAGUGGGGCUCAUUCCUGAGGAGCUAAUUAUAACGAAGACAAGAGCGUUUAUCGAAUUCGGCUAAACGAUUACUCGGCCCGGAGAUUUUAAUAGCCGUCUAUAUUUAUUUAUCGGAGAACCGUCGCGAGACUCGUAUGCGUUGUAAAUUAUUUAUUUGGUGCUUUCUCUCAAAGGCCGCCGUUGACGUCGCAGCACUGAUCGAUUAAGUGCGUUAAUGAGGUUCCUUAUCAGCGUAAUGAAUAACAAAUUUGUACUGCAAGCGGUCGAGGUAUUUUGGAACGUUUAAAUUGUUAGAGCUCUUUUCUCAAACGGAUUUUGUAAAUUCUUAAUGAUGGUUGAUAAAAGUAUAUUU